AUGAGUUUUUUUGAUACUUGGGAGGUCCUCAAACCAAUGCAUAAUGACUAUAUGUCCUGUACGGAACACUUUUUGGGCGAUGGUAUGUUACUGUCACCAGCUUUCCCUAUAGCAUGUUUCUAUGCUGAUCAUAUUAGUUUUAAAGGGUACUGUAAACGAAAUAGUCCGUCCUAUGUCAUGUCUAAAGCCAAACGACUGUUGGAGAUAUCUUAUUUGGAUAGCGUGGAAAGAGAUUGGGAGAAAUAUCGAGGAAUGUUAGGGCCCGAAGGAGGUGACUUCAGAUUCUCUGUUUAUGUACUAACUGUGGUAGUUACUAUUAAUUUAGUGGCCUGCUUGUUUCUGAGUAUUUAUUUAUUCUUGGCAAUCCAUGAUAGACAUAGACAGUUCUUUUUAAAUAUAGUGAGGUUCGCAGCUGUGCUCUCCUCAAUAACUUUGAUUCUUUUCACUUCAAGAAUGUUAUUGCUAAUACAAGAUGAGUUUAAUAAUUUAGGUGUGGUGACUGCCCACUUGAUUGCAUACACGUUAGGUAACAGGCUGGAUUUUAAAAUAUUGGAUUUCAUAGCAAUAUCUCUUCUUCAAUUUUGUCAAUUAAUUAAUGUCACUCGGCUAGUAUCAACGCUAGAGGAAAAGAGAUUUUCUUUCAUAGCAGGUUUCAUAAUGGUUAUGGUUUCUAACAUACUUUAUGCCGUCUCUCUCUUUUCAUCUGGAAGUGAUUCUUUAACCGUAUUAAACCCAUUCGUUUAUCUGUUAAGAAUUGCAAUAUCUACGUCAUACGCCGCAAUCGUUAUUUCGUUUAUUAUAGCAAAGUAUAAACUUUGUUUCAUCAACUUUUCUCUAGGAUUCUUAUCAAUAUAUUCAUUUUUACUGGUCCUGUUCCAAGUCCUGUUUUUUUUUUUCGAUUUGGCAAAUGUAUGGAUAAAUAGUAUUGGUGAAAUCUUUAAUUUAACUGCUUAUGUUGCUUCAACAGCUAUCGUAUGGGAAUGGAUAAAUAGAAUUUUUGUAGUUCAAAAGAAAAAAGAAGCACAGAGUAUAUUAGGAAGGACUAUUUAUGCGGAGGAAAAUGUUGAUCACAAAAUAGCUAAAUAUGCAUUAAAAAUUCAGGAUGCAUUAACAAGAACAAUAAGUACAGAAUAUUCAGAUAAAAACUCUUUCCUCAAUGAUGAUAGAAGCUCAGAAUUAAUGCUGAGGCCUUUUGAUGAGCAUUCAUUAAAUGCACACAGUACAAAAGAUGGCAAAGACGACGAAAUUGUGUUUAAUAUCGAUAAGAACCAAGAAAGAGUACUAACAGGAAGUUCAUCCAUGAAUCAAACUUCUUAUGAAUUAAGUGGCAUCAGCACAUGCAUAGAAGAUUCGAGUUUCCAUAAUAGUCAAAAUUCAAGAUCAGUGACCGCAUAUUUCAAGGAGAAAUUACAUAUGUCAUAUAAUAAACUAAUUAUGUUAACUGAUUACAUGCUGAUAAAAAUCCUUGGACAAAACUCGAUCAAUUUGUCAACUACAAAUGGGGAGGAAAUAGAAAAUAAUAAACGCAAAGUGAAGCAGAGAAUUGGUUUAGAUAAGGUGAAUGAUGUACAUUUGUACAAAACAACUGAUAUCAUAUUUAAUUCAGACGAUGAGGACUAUGAUACUGAAGAUUAG